GGUCUCAUCUCAUCUCAACUUGGUACUGUACAUAUACUGUUCUCCAUCAACUUAUAAAGCAAGCUGGAAACCUAAGCUAAGCUAGCUUCAAUUCAUUCAUAUCAGAAUGGGCAGCCAAAGUGUCAUAACAUGCAAAGCUGCUGUGGCUUGGAGAUCAGGAGAGGCGUUGAAGUUGGAGGAGAUACAAGUGGACCCACCCAAAGCUCGAGAGGUUCGGAUUAAGAUGCUCUAUGCCAGCUUGUGUGGGACAGAUAUCCUCUGCUGCAACGGCUUUCCACGUCCUUUGUUCCCUCGCAUUCCUGGACAUGAAGGAGUUGGGAUCAUAGAAAGCGUAGGUGAAGAAGUGACAAGCCUUAAAGAAGGAGAUACAGUGAUGCCCCAUUUCAUAGGAGAAUGCGGAGAAUGCCCAAACUGCAUUUCUGGGAAGUCAAAUUUAUGUUUCAAAUACCCACUCAGCUUCACGGGGUUGCUUUUGGAUGGAAGCUCGAGAAUGUCCAUCAAUGGCGGCGAGCAGAGAAUAUACCACCACGUCAGCUGCUCCACGCUGUCGGAGUACCUCGUACUCGACGAAAACUAUGUUGUCAAGGUGGACCCACGCCUCCCUCUCCACCAUGCUAGCUUCCUCUGCUGUUCCUUCACCACUGGCUAUGGCGCGGCUCUGAAAUUGGCCGACAUUGACCAUAACUCAACUGUUGCUGUGCUGGGUCUUGGCGGCGUUGGACUUGGCGUGGUAGAGGGAGCAAGAGAACUAGGAGCGGCGAAAAUAAUUGGAAUUGACAUUCACGAUAAGAAGGAAGAAAAGGGAAGGGUUUUUGGCGUGACAGAGUUCAUAAAUGCAAAGAAGAAUUGUGAGGAUAAAAGAAUUUCAGAAAUGGUGAAAGAAGUUACGGGAGGACUGGGCGUUGAUUACUUUUUCGAGUGCACCGACGUCCCCGACUUGAUGAUCAACCAAGCUAUUGAAGCAACUAGAAAGGGAUUUGGGACAGUGAUUCUGCUGGGAGCAGGACUACAAAUUGAUUGGCAAAUGAAUUACGUUCCCCUAAUGAUGGGUCGGACUUUGAAGGGCUCUAUCUACGGAGGCGUCAGGAUUCGAUCUGACCUUCCUUCCAUCAUAAAUAAAUGCAUAAAUAAGGAAAUUAAAUUAGAUGAAUUGAGUAGUCAAGAAUUUUCACUGCAUGAAGCGAACGAAGCAUUAGAGUACUUAAAAAAUCCAGAUUGCGUCAAGGUUUUAAUCAAGUUCUAGGCUAGAUUUUAAAUUCUCGGCUCAUGUGCUUUCAACCUCUCCACUCCGCUCAUUAUGUUAUGGUUUCAGACAUGAUUAUCACGGACUUAAAUAAUAUAUUUGAGUUGUGGAGAAUGAAAAUAUGUAAUGCACUUAUGGAUUUAAAAUGUACCAAACACAAUAUAAUCUAAUAAAUAAAGCAUUAAAAUAAA